UCACGUACCCUACCCUUUGGAAAAAACAGGACUACUCUUUUUGAGAGUAGUGACAGCAUCUGGUAUCACCAAUUCGUAUACAUUCAUUGGGCUCUGAGAGUUACGAAUGCAAUUCUUAUAGUCGCAUAAAAAUCAUUCUUUUGUCUCCAUACGUUCUUUUUUGUAAUUUGGUUUUGGUUCAUAGAUUGUUAAACUGUUUUUUUUUGUUCAAUUAUUAUUCUUGUUAUUUUGGCUUUCUUAUUUUUUUUUUCGUUUUUCUUAUUUUCUUUUUUUUGGUACAUCUUUUGCAAGUACAAAUUGAAGCAAUUUUCACUAUGCAAUCCCCAUCGACUAGCGCUAGCGUUGUCUCUUCCAGCUCGUCGUUGACGAGAUCUUUGGACAAAGAUGUGUGCUCUUCUGCGAUGAAAUCCUAUCAACAUCUCAUUUCUCCUCCUCCUUCACCGCUUUCUCCUAGCCUUUUGUCCGACAACGGGGAUGUGAUUCGAUGUAGUCGAGCUACUACACCUUCAAAACAAACGGUCAGUACUUCUACUCUUCGGUCUACGUCUUCGCCUGGCGCUCGUUUAACUUCGCAAGUGUGCAAGGGCUACCAAAACUCUCCUAGAGCCUGGCUCCUAAGGGAAAGACUUUGGCUUCGACGACAUUUACCUGAUGUCGCUCCUAUAUCUUCUCCUGCUAAGCGCCCUCGCCGAAUGGCUAGUACCAUCUCCACUACUGUAGAAACAAAAGUCGCUGCAGAUAACCCAAGGGCUUCACCUGACUUUUCAGAUUCUCGCCCUUCUACUCCAGUGUCUUCUUCCUCUCGAAGCCAUUAUUACUCAAAGUCAACGACUACUAGAUUCAAACAAUCCAGCCGAGAGUUUUCUUCCAGCAGUCAGGUGCUUGACGUUGCUAAUACCCCUUACGAAAUGCUUCCUGAUUACUCACCAGACAUGUCCAUUCUUGACAAAAAAGCACAACCUCGCCCUUUGCGCAGUGAAUGGAAAGGUCCCCCUCUUGACCUGUCUAAUGAUGAACAUCGACAGCUUCUCCACCCAGCUGAAUUACAACUUGCUGCGACCCUUCGCUUGCCUUGUCUUAUUUAUCUUGACAACAAGCGUCGUAUUUUCGCCGAGUGGCACAAUCGUCGCUCUGAAGGACUUAGUUUUCGUAAAACCGAUGCUCAACGCGCAAGUCGCGUCGAUGUAAAUAAAGCUAGUCGCUUGUGGAAAGCUUUUCACGAUGAAGGAUUUUUCGAUAAUUAAUUCAUUGAUCUAUCUGUCUUUUGUUCCCUGUGUCAUUCUUGCUGUUUUGGCAACUUCUAUUCCCUUUUUGUCUUUGCUGUUUCUUUUUUAUUUUUUAAUUUUUGUUUUUGGGAUUUAGCGGUCUAUUUUGCAUCUUGAAAUUUCACACGUUCUUUUCUAUAUACACAAACAUGGAAACUGCCCUUCGUUUAUCCAUACCAACUCGCUCCUUUCAAAGUACCCUUCUUUUCCUUAGAAAUGUUUACCUUCCUUUUAAACUUAAUUAAAUUCUUUCAUGGAUAAGUCAUGAGUCACCACUUGUGGUUAAUGUGAGCUUACGAUAUCUCUUUUUUACUUUUUCUUACCUUAUUCCGUACAAUUCAAAACUUAUAGAUUUCACGAUAAACAUGAAUAGAAUAGAGAUUUUAUGCGCUAGCAAUACUAGUUUAUUAAUUAUAGCA